AGUAGGGGUGGGGAAGGUGCAGGCUUUCCUCUUUCGCAAGGUGACAUCAUGGCAAAUUCCCAAACUGGACGGACCCGGCUCAGGUGACAGCCAUAUGGGCCGAGCCGGCCCGGGCCGGCCUGCGUGCCAGCUGGAGAGGCUGGGUCCUGAGCCCUGCCGGGCCAGCGCCCUGGGGGCGGGGUUCUGCUCCUCUCGCCCUUCGCACGGACUGUGCCCUCGGCGGGCACGCGGACCGGCACGGUAGGGCUCGGGCCGGGCUUCUCUGGGCCAAGGAUCAAGGUCCCUGGCUGGGGUAGGCCCCCAAGCAUUCCAGUCUUCCUGACCUGGCUUCUAAAGAGGGCGCAGUAGAGCCACUGAAGAGAGCCGGACAAGACGCCGCCUCGGCCGGAGGUGGGACCUAUCGUGUUGCCGCCCGGGGCGGAGUUAUUUGGACCUGAGACCCGCCCAUAAUACUGCAGCCUCUCGGAAAGAAUCGUUCGGGGCGGAAGUUAAGAAUCCCCGAGAGCUAGGUGGCGGAAGUGGCCGCGUUCCUGCUUGUCCGUGCGCAUGCGUUAUUCUGUUUCUUAGCCGCCGCUCUUCAAGUGCUGCCUUUUCCUUUCUCCUCUCUUUUCCUCCACGCGAGGGGGUGCGCGUACCCUUAGUUGUCGUGGUCGCGCGCUCAGCCCCUCCGCUAUUUUCGUGGCCCCCUCACCAUGGCGGGCAUCCUGUUUGAGGAUAUUUUUGAUGUAAAAGACAUUGACCCGGAGGGCAAAAAGUUUGACCGAGUGUCUCGACUGCAUUGUGAGAGUGAAUCUUUCAAGAUGGACCUCAUAUUAGAUGUAAACAUUCAGAUUUACCCUGUAGACUUGGGUGACAAGUUCCGGUUGGUCAUAGCCAGUACUUUGUAUGAAGAUGGUACUCUGGAUGAUGGUGAAUACAACCCUACAGAUGAUAGGCCUUCCAGGGCUGACCAAUUUGAGUAUGUAAUGUAUGGGAAAGUGUACAGGAUUGAGGGAGAUGAAACUUCUACUGAAGCAGCAACACGCCUCUCUGCCUACGUGUCCUAUGGGGGCCUGCUCAUGAGGCUGCAGGGUGAUGCCAACAAUCUGCAUGGAUUUGAAGUGGAUUCCCGAGUUUAUCUGCUGAUGAAGAAACUGGCUUUCUGAACCACCCAGGGAGCCAGCCUUGCUGCUUAGUCACUCAGGUCAUGGACGUUCGUUCAAGCCCAAGUGGCAGUUGCUGUUGUUCACCUGUUCAGGAGGGGCUGGCUCUCUGUCCACUGUGGGUGCAUCUUUAGGAGGUCUGGACUCAAUGGGAAACUGACUUGCCUGCAAAAGACCCAGUGGGAGAGCUUAAAAUGAAUCAGAAGUUGUUUUAUGUAUAUGAUUUUUUAAAUUAAACUUUACUUUUUCAGA